UAACAUGGACAGUAUGUCAUCAUAUGUACAAAAUUUUGAGAAAAUUUAACCUGCGGGUUGCUCUGUUGUGCACGCAUAAAAAAAACAUCGGAUGCACGUUUCAAUGCCAAGUUUCAAUGCGUUGCAAUUUGCAUGUCUCGACAGAAAUCAGGAAAGCUAAGUUUAACUGUUUAAGUGUCCAUUGGGUUCGACCAAUUGGACCAUUGAUGCAAUUUGAUUAGAGAUGGACGGUGAAGACCUUUAUUCUGGAUCAGCAGACGGGCCGACCUCUUCUGGAUCAAAUGGAGAAAAGGGGAUACAGUUGAAUGCCGCGGCUGCCAAGUGGCCUGAGUUCGCCAACAGGAUAGAGAGACAUGACACUUAUAAGACUUGGCCGAAACCCAAAAUUGAUGUGAAUGCGCUUGUUGAAGCAGGCAUGUUCUACAAGGGUGACGAAGAUAGAACUGAGUGUUACUUUUGUGGGAUUCCUCUCAAACUUUGGGACAUACAAGAUGACCCUUGGAUUGAACAUGCUCGUUUUUCACAAGAUUGCCAAUUCCUGCAUUUUCACAAAGGUUGGGCGUUUGUUAAGGCGGUGUUAGAAUUUUAUGACCUCCCAACCAUCGGUAUCCAAGUGCAUCGGGCCGCAUAUUCAGUACCACGUUACGGAACUUCAGAAAGUACAACACCAUUGGCUCAGUCAUCCAGUGGUAGUUCACACACUACCCCUGAUCCAAAGCCGAAGAGAGUGAUAAGACGUGUCGAGCCAAGAGAAAUCAGGUCCAGGCUAGAUAUGGACAACGUGAAAAAGUUGAUGGCAUUGGGUUAUCCGAGAGAAUUGGUUGGUCAGGUGAUUGGGGAACAACUCCAGACAGAGGCAGAUGAUUUCCCAAAUUAUGGUUAUUUGGUCCGUGCUGUAAUGAAUGCAGCUGAAAUGCUUGGUAUUCAGCUCCAUAAUCCUUUUUUAGGUGCUGCAAGCCUCACUGGGCCUGCUGCAUCUCCUGGUGCAAGCGAGGAUUUAGAUCCUGCAGUAAAAAAGGCCAAGGAAGAAAACAAGAGUUUGAAAGAAAAGCUGUACUGCAAAAAAUGUUGGAAGAAGGAGGUCAACGUGGUUCUUUUAAACUGUGGACAUAUGGUCUUGUGCGAAGACUGUGCAAAGUUGGUGCACAUUUGUCCCAGGUGCAACAAUCACAUUUUGCAGAGGGUAAAGGUUUUUGUAGCGUAAUGGCCGGCCAGCAGUGGAUUCCCCCUCAUUGCUGGCCGGCCAAAGGAUCGAGAGUGCAUGGCCGGUCAAUUCAUUUUGACUGGCCUUUAUUGCUGGUGCGUCAUUCGCACCAGCAACUACGGACAGCCAUUUUGGCUGCCCGUUUACAAUCGAUGUUGCCUACCGCAUACCGGGAACAUCGAUCAGGCGGUCAAUUCAUUUUGACCGGCCUUUAUUGCUGGUGCGUCUUUUGCACCAGCAGUUUACAAUCGAUGUUUCCCAUGUUUCCCACCGUGGGAAACAUCGAUUGUAAAUGGGCAGCCAAAAUCCGCAUACCGGGAACAUCAAUCAAUGCCGUUUUUAUAUCCAUAUGUUGGUUUUGUACUUGGCAUCACAAUUUUAAAAAGGAGACAAAUUGAGUGCAGCAAUAUUCCUGCUCCAAUAUUUAUUCAUUUAUUUGAGUGUUAUCUGUAUAUUAAAACAGCCAGCCUUGUUAGGCUUACAAGACACUAGAGAAAUAUAGUCUGUGCCAACCCAACUCCAACAUGACAGCGUGUACAUGCUGCCAUGCAUCAUGUACACAAUGCCAUGGCGAAGCUAGGCUGUCACAGACCCCAAACACACCGACUUUCGAGCCGUCAACAUCAAUACACAUUGGAAAAUAGAUAAAAAUUGUGCAUAUUUUAUUUCAAACUCACUAUCAUCAUCAAUACGGACGUGCGUUAUGGUCAAAAUCUACCAUGGCCGUUCUCAAGUUUGGAUGCAAAACAAUCCAAAUAAGUUAUGCUGAAUUUCCUUGGCAAUGAAUGCCCAGUUGACUGGCCAUGCACUCUACAGACUGAUGAAAACCGUUGCCUAGAUGAUUUGGGUUGACAUGCAUGUAUCAAGGGAGAAAACUCGACUUCAUGAGGGUGCAAGGGAAUGGCUUGCUGGUGGUGGAUGUGGGAUCUAUGAACAAUUAUAAUGACCUAUUGAAGUGGAUGAAGCAUUUUUGUAAAUAUUUGUGUAUGUUGGCUUUCGCCAGAAUAUUGUUGAUUGCAAAUACAACAUGCUUUGUCAUAAGUUGGCUCUUGGAGUCCAAGGCGGGUGUAGACAUUUUACUAGUGGAGUCAUUUUGCACAAAAUGACGUACGUGACAAGCUACAUUCACUUGACAACAAAAUUGAUUGAGAUAUUCAUACUCACAAAAUUCUGUUUUAAAAACCUGAAGAAAAGUCUGUGAAAAACUUAAAUGAUGCCACUUUAUCAGCUAUCAUACUUUCAGUCACCGCCUGAGCAACUUAGAUAGAACACCGUCAGGAAGUUAGCAACUUAGAUAGAACACCGUCAGGAAGUUAGCAACUUAGAUAGAACACCGUCAGGAAGUUAGCAUGACUGAUAAAAUCAUUUUCCAAGAAAAACAUAUUUUGAGAAAUAAAUAUUUGUUCUGCUUUCCCCUGAUUCUUUUUCUCCUUUCUGAUCACCUACUUAUGAGAAAGCAGGUCACACCUUGUUAUCAUUCAGAUGAUUGUUCUUUUUUUUUUGUUGGCCAGUCAUUGCAAAAAAUCGGCGGUGUUCACUAGAAUACGUCGGUGUGAAAAGCACCAUUAUGUUUCCUGAAUAACUUUGUCAGCUUGCUUUAUGUGAAUACUGUUUACUUUUGUCGGCAAAAAUGUCAAUAUCGGCUGUUGCAUUGUCAGAAUAUCCACUUAUGUACUAUUUAUAGUGUUUAAACAGUUUUGUCACAGAUUUUGUCACUAUAUUAUGUAUGACCUUUGCAAGCCUUGACAAUGCUAAAAUCAGUCAACUGGAUACUGUUUUCUGAACAGGAACCACCCAACCUCUGCUACAGAUUUACUGUAUAUAGUACUCAACUCGUGAUUUGAUCCACAGUGUGAGGGCUGAAAUGUAUCCUUGCUGAUAUUACAAAAUGUAUGAUAUACUGUGUUAUAAGCCAUGUCAUACAAUUUCAUAUAACUGAGAAUUUGAAAAUCAUUUAAAAUUUAAGUUGUUAUACUUAGUCUAAAUACAAGAAGAUAAA